AUGUCCGGUACGAUGCAGUUUGAUCGUCUUGGUGCCGACAAUCACAUAGCCAUCGCCAAGUUUCUGGGAAGAGAUGAUAUGAUAUCUUUAGCGGAAACAUGCUCGUCGCUGUCUUUGGUGGCAGGGGAUCGCUCUGUUCGCAGUACGUGUCUAUUAAAUGACAUCGGGUACGUUUUCGCCAAGACUCAGCCCAAAUUCAAGCCGCUCACUACUACCCGUUGCCAGAUCGUCGAAGUGACAUACGCCGAUGUAGCCAUUGGAGACAUAGUAUUGGUGUUGCGAACUCGCGAAUCGGGUCGCCUGUUCCACAAGGCCGUUAUACAAGCGUACGCAUGGGGUGGGAUGCAGAUGGUGGUACAGACUCUCUCACAGAUUGGCGCGAAGUACCCGGUCUGGCUGUCGUUCUAUCGUCUCUUAUUCUCUGAGGGUUACCAUGAUAUGCUGAUAGAAUACGUCCAGCUCAUACUCCACGAAGAAUCCCAAGAGCAAGCCGAAUGCUCGAUAUCAAAAGCUUUAAUAGUACACAACCAAAUUAGUGCCGGCCAAAUCACACAAAUACUUGGGGUGGGCUUCAACACGGCAGUAUGUUACAACUUCGUGGGUACGGUACGAUUACUUCUCAAACAGUGCAGACUGAACCCAGUGGCCGAUGCUACGUAUGCCCUGAAUCUAGCUGCGUAUAAAGGACAUACAGAUGUGGUGUCUAUCCUAUUAGAUAACACAACAUUAAUUGCGGACGAUAAUGACAGUUUGGCGUUUAGACUGGCGUGCUACGAAGGGCAUGCCGGAACGGUUCGUCGAAUGCUUGCGGAUGGACGAUGCGACCCUACAUCUAAGUAUAGCAAGGGUUUGCGUAUGGCAGCUUGCUAUGGACACACACGAGUAGUUAGACUUCUACUGGACGAUGAGAGAUCUGACCCCAGCGCCUGCGACUCUAUGGCACUACAGGUAGCAUGCGAGAACAACCAUGUGUCGGUAGUAAGAUUGUUGCUACGCGACGGCAGAGUAGAUCCUAUGGCGAAUAAGAAUUAUGCACUAAAUAUAUCUUCAGGAAUGGGCCAUGCAAAAGUGGAGUCCAUGCUGGUGGUAGCCAUGUUAGGCAGUGUCAAACAAGAUCUGCUCAAGAGAUCUGAGCGCAAGAGUCUGCGCCACGCUCGAAAGGUGUUGAGAUUGACAGAGCCAGAUAUGGUGGAGAAGAAAAGACCCUCCCGUUGGAUGGUAAUGUACGAGUGGUGUAUUAAAAACAAAAUCAGACUUUAA